AUGGUCGUAAUUUUUGAGUUGAAUUGGAUUUAUCGACCACAUAGCUUUUGUCUUUUGUGCUCGGGAAUUAUUUUGAGUGGAAAAUCAAACAUCAAAGCGAUGAAAUACAAGAGUAUCCAUAGCGAUAAAAUAAAAACAAAAAAUCGGACGAAUUCAAUUCUAAGCAAACAAUUCCAGUUUUUCCUCGCAUGUUCUCCACUGGGUUUCGAUCAAUGGCAUAUUGGAACCCUAUUUACUACCAUUCUCAUUGGAGACAUUAUAAUCACUCUCAUACUGACAACGACAGCUGACGCACUUGGCCGACGAAAUAUUCUCGUCAUUGGUUCAAUAUUGAAAUUGUUCGCUGGCAUCAUGUUCGCAUACGUCGAUCGAUAUUUGCUUUUAGUACUCGCUGGAAUAGUAGGGAUAAUUUCGCCUACCGGUGGCGAAAUUGGGCCGUUCAUUUCAAUUGAACAAGCGUGUCUGAUCGAGCGUGUGAAAGACAAAGCUCAGAUUGCAGCCAUCUAUGGUUGGUAUAACUUUAUCGGUUACAUUGCAACUGCACUCGGUGCAUUGAGCUCAGGCUAUAUGAUUUCAAAACUGAGUCAAGAUUAUCAUGUACACACAGUUGAUGCAUAUCAAUCUGUUAUCAUCGCCUAUGCGGUCUUAGGUGCCACUAAAACCGUCAUAUACCUUUGUUUAUCGUCACGAAUUGAAACAAAGUCAUCGUCAGAUCCUGAACAAAUACUACCCACGAGUGAUUUAUCUUCCCAAAGCAACAAGAAAAGUCUAUCCGCUCAUAUAUUCCAUUGGCUCAACGGAAAAUUCGGACUUCGUCAAUCUAAAUCACGUCGAACUGUUGCUAAACUUUGUGCCCUCUUCAUCAUCGAUGCAAUUGGUGGUGGUUUCGUUAUGCAAUCGAUAUUUGUCUAUUGGUUUCACGAACGUUUCCAUAUGAGUUCCGAAACGCUAGGAUUCAUAAUAAUGUCUGCAAAUCUAAUUUCGGGCAUAUCUGCUAUUUUGGUAACCCCAAUAGUUGGUCGAAUCGGUGCCAUAAAUACUAUGGUCAUCACCCAUAUUCCAUCAAAUAUUUUGCUGAUUCUUAUCCCUUUUAUGCCAACAAAAACAUCGGCUAUUGUCGUGCUCCUUCUACGCUUUUCUAUCAGCCAAAUGGAUGUACCAGCACGGCAAACAUUUGUGGCAACCAGUGUAGAUCAUAAUGAACGUUCGGCGGCCGGAGGCAUAACAAAUCUGGUUCGAUCUGUGGGUCUAUCCAUAUCACCAAUGAUUGUCGGUUAUCUUCUGCAAGAUAGUCGAAAGCCCCUUCUAUUCGCAUUGCCUUUUGUCAUUGGUGGCGGACUCAAACUUCUUUAUGAUAUCCUCCUAUACUUUUCAUUUGAAGUUUCGAGUCGAAGCCAGUGA